AUGAGUAGCAUCGAAGACGCAAAGCUUCUUAAGCAAUUGAAGAAGCAAGAACUUAAAAAGCUGGACAGAAUGAAGCGAAUCCAGAACGGAACUGCAACUACACAUGACAGAAGGUUGUAUAAAAAAGAACGUGACGCCAUGAAGCGCAGACUUGCAGAGCAAGAAGCAGAGAACGUUGCCAAGAGAAGUAGAAGUAGAAGCAAUGGCAGUGGAUCUGCAGAUGAAAUGUACGCACGACUUGAAGAGGCACGACAACAAAUGGAUGAAGAUGCUGAUGAGUUUGGUAUGUGGGUGGACGACGACAGUCAGGAUCAUCCAGCUCCAGUUGAACGUGUAGAACGAGUUCACAAUCGUAACUUCAACCCGAAGAAGCAAAGAAAGCAGUUCUGGGCGGAAGGCAGUGAAGCAUUGCUCACUGCAUUCAUCGAGUCUUUCAAGAGGUGUGGCGAGCCCGACUUUAGACUCGAGAAGCCCUUGGAAAUGGAGAAGCCUGCUAGUUGCAACUGCUCAAUCAGACGCACCUCUGACUUGACUGGAUUCAUGUUUGGUGGACCUUCGAAGUUCUCGGUGGCAUACUGUGAUCAUCAAUCUCUUUUGGAAACCCUUGUGCUCUGUCAGAUGCUCCCAACUUCCACUCAACAACCAAAAUCGGCAAUCCAUUUCUCAGUUUUUGAGUAUGGUAACAUUGCCAAGCUAGAUGGCUAUGUUUCCAACCAUGGAUUCACCAAAAUCUACAAUUCUUGGUGUUUGCAACGAGGUGGAUUCAGCAAGGACUUCAUUUCGAUGGAUGCCUCUGUAUAUAACAUGCUUCAAGUGAUUUACAGAAAUGUUCAUAAGCAUGCAAUGGAUCGUCUGCGUGAAGAGAAUUCGUUGGCUUUGCAAGUAGGUUGCUAUGCUUGCCAUGGUGCUGAACGCAAGUUUGUGUCCAUGGAUGGUAAUUUUUCGUGGAGAAGACGCAAAGAUCGCAACUCUAGCAAGAACAACUGGGAGCAGGGCAUCUUUGCUCCGUCAAGAGCAGAGAGUGCCUUGGUGGCACCUCCUGAGGAAGUUGAGCGGUUCAAUGAUCACACUGAGGUCACUGACGAAGAGUGCUUACUUCGAGAUCUUGACAGUGACUUCAAGGCCGGUGUUGACCAUAGACGACAAAAUGGCAACCGAUUUGAUGAGUGUGGUGUGUUCUCUUUGAACUGUGCCAGACAUGGUAUUGUCGAGCGUAUCUUUGACAUCUUUGGUGGCGAAGGACGCAAGUACGCUUUGGCUGCAAUCAGUCAUGUGGUUGAUAACUUGGGAGACCAAGAAAAGCUGGCUGUCUUGUAUGACAUCGUUUGCAUGUGCCAAAAAAGAAUAGAGGAGUCUGUCCCUCUCAUAAAUAGACAUGACCCCAUCUAUGGCGUAGCCAUUUUCCAUGCUUUGGCUCACAGCCUCAACUGCCAAGUCAAAUACUUUCCAAGAUAUGUGAAGGGUAUGGCUCUCACAGAUGGCGAAUCUGUUGAAAGAGUGUGGUCCCACUGCAAUCAUUUUGUAAGCAUGUCUCGCAAUAUGAGCAAGGCCAACCGACACGCUCUUUUGACACAGGUCUUGGACAAGUAUAGAAGUGACAAGAUAGAUUCUUUGGCCUCUUACAUCAACAGAAAGUACAAGAAGGUGCUUACAAAAAUGCGUCUUCUCAACAUGUCGAUAGCAGAGUACAAGAAUUUGGAGCAGGAGUGGCUCAAACAUGCAGAUAAUCUCUGUAUUUUUCCUGAUUUUUCUGGCCUGGAACAGAUUCAAAACAGUGCUGAGAGAGUGGAAGCUUUGCGUAACGCAAAGGUACACUAUCUGAUUUUGGUUGCUCAGCAUAUGACGCUCAUCAACAAGGAGACAAAGAGCAAAUUUACUGGGUAUCAUGUUGAGCACUUGAGAAAGACCUUGCUUGUCAAGAUCCAACUCAUGGAGCGCCAAUUUGAGUUCUUGCCUGUCAACAGGCCCAAAAAUUUCAAGGAUCCUCUGUUUGGCGAGUAUCAUGUCCAAGUCAAAGACUGCAGAUAUGAUGCUCUAAACAAUUACCUUACUCACCUCCUCUUUGCCAUUGUCAUGAGAGAGAAAAAGCUGCAUCAACCUGCAGGCUCCUCUGGAACUGCCAAGGCAGCCCGUAUUGUAAUCUCUCUUGAAGCAUUGCACCGGCUAACCGAAAAAGUCAUUAGUCGCAUCAACGCUUUAGUGUUAAAGUAUUUUGAUGGUGCUGAAGACAAGAUGAAGAUGACCGUUGGCAGGGAAGUUGAAAAGCUGAGAACUUCAGCUCAAGGUGAGAACAUCUUGGGACUGUCGGAUGCCCUGGCAAACUGGCAUCUUCUGAACAGACACGUCGAGGAGGCAACACUGUUAAUUGAGGAAUCAAAUAGGUUUGUCUCCAACCUUACGAAGGAGUAUGAUGAGAUGGAGAGGGCUUUGAGAAGCCAAGAGAGCCAUUUGCUGAGAAGGCAAUUCCUUCAAACUUGUCGCCGGCUCUACGUAGCCAAGAAGACCUUGCAGCAGGUCAGAAACCAGGUCCAACCUACCAUCAGUCUUACACCAACCCCAGAUGGCUCAACCAACGAUCUGGUGGUCAUUGAAUAUCAGCAGUUUGAGUUGCUCAAUGAAGGUGAUGCUGUCGCUGAAGAAGAUAGCGAAGAUGAUGAUUUCGCGGAAGGUGGCGAUGAUGAAGAAGACCUACAGGAAGUCUUACGGGAGAUCGGGGAUGCGUCAUUGGGUAGGUAG